AUGCGCUGGUGCUGUUGCCUACACAAUUGGCGAAUCGCGGACAGGGUACAGAAGGAACCACAGGCAGGUCAGGGAGAACAGGAGGCAGAGACGAGCAACGCCAAAGGCACCGUCGAUCGAUGUCCCCAUCCAAGCUUUGUAAGCAAUUGUCCCACGCAGAUAUGGUUUCGACGCAUCCUUGCGUUGUUUGAGCAAUGCCCAAGCAGAGCAGAAGCAAUGGAAGCAGUUGAUGGUACCGGGAUCGGUGCUUCAUUGUUGAGGCCAUCGCCAGAAAUAAACCUUCUGCCUUUUCCUUUUCUUGUGCGGCUGUUGAUCACCAGGCCGGCAGGAUCAGAUAGUCUAUCUGGCUAG